AUGGCCAGCACACGCCUCGGGCUCCUUUUUUUGGUCGCCGCCUCGACGGCCCUCGCGCAACUUGCCUCGACCGGCCUGACCGUCACGCUCAACGAUGUGUACUACUUCAUCUCGCCGUAUUCCUCGGCCACGAUCCACGUCCCGAAGGCGUCUCUCGACAGAGUUCCCGAUGUGUUUGGCUUCAAGCCGGUGACCGUGAUCCAGGACCCGGUCUCUCAAGCUGAUAUUUCCGCACUGCUGACCAACUGGACAUCCCUCGACGACGUUUACCGGCCUGCUUUCUCGGAAGCCAUCUUCCACGCCAAUUCCGACGCACAACACCACGACGAUGCGGUCACAGUCUCUCAGAUCCUCCCCGGCCUCACAUCCACCCUUCUUCCCCUCUCCCACGCCGACGUCCCCUCGGGCCCUUAUUUCAUCCACCCCUCCGGCGCCCUCCACCGCGUUUACCGGCUGUACGAUGACUUUGCCGCCGCCUUCACCGAGCCGCUCCUCCCCACGCCGAACGGCCACUUCCAGCCCCUAUCCGCCAAAAUCCCCGGUUCCUCCACUCUCUCCAUCGGCGUGCCCUCACGCCUGUACUUCACCCCAACUCCCCAGAAACCCCUCGCCGGCGUCCGCAUCGGCGUAAAGGACAUCUACCGCCUCGCCGGCGUCAAGGGCUCCAACGGCAACCGCGCCUGGUACCACCUCUACCCGGCCAGCAACACCACCGGCACGGCCGUGCAGCGGCUCAUCGACGCGGGGGCGCAGAUUGUGGGCCUGCAAAAGACCUCGCAGUUUGCCAACGGCGAGUUGGCGACCGCCGACUGGGUCGAUUAUCAUGCGCCGUUCAACCCGCGCGGCGACGGCUACCAGGACCCGAGUUCCUCGUCGGCGGGGGCUGGCGCGUCGGUGGCUAGUUAUGCGUGGCUUGAUCUCGCGCUUGGGAGUGACACGGGCGGGAGUAUCCGGGGCCCGGCGGGGGCACAGGGGUUGUUUGGGAAUCGUCCGUCGCAUGGGUUGGUGGAGUUGGAUGAGGUGAUGCCGCUGGCGCCGGAGCUGGAUACACCGGGGUUUUUGGUGAGGGAUGUUGAGUUGUGGGAUCGGGCGAAUUCGGUGUUGUAUGGGGAGAAGUAUUCGUCGUUGAGCCAAGAGAAGAAGGUCGAGUGGCCCGGGGAAGUGUACACACUGGGGUUUCCCGAGGACGACACCGAGGACCCGGCGGACAAGAUGUUUGUGCAGUUUGUGCGGCAGCUCGCGAAGUUUGUGGGUGGGGAGGUGAAGCCGCUCGAUCUGGACAAGGAAUGGGCGAAGACGAAGCCGAGCGAGGCGGGCAAUGUCACGCUGACGCAGUUGCUGAACACGACGUACAUCACCAUCAUCGGCAAGCAGCAGACGAAGCUAGUGCGCGAUCCGUUUUACCGCGAUUACGAAGCCGCCCACCUCAACCGGCACCCUUUCAUCGACCCCUCCCCCCUCCUCCGCUGGUCCUACGCCGACACCCUCCCCGCCUCGGCCCUCCCCACCGCCCUCGCCGCCAAAUCCCUCUUCCAAUCCUGGUUCAACACCCACAUCCUCCCCGCCAACGCCAACACCAACAGCAACAACACCAAAACCACCUGCACCCCUUCCAUCCUCCUCUACCCAGCCUCCACCCCCUCCUACUCCCUCCCCCGCAACCUCAACCUCAACCUGCCCCCCGGCGGCGGUCUACCCUUUGGAUUCUCCGAAUCCCGAAUCAGUCCCUUCACCGGCGUGCCGGAUUCGGUGUUUCCUUUGGGUGAGGCUGGGACGGGGGCUGUGAGUGCAGUGACGGGGGUGGAGGAGAAGUUGCCGGUUGCGGUGAGUGUGCUUGUGGCGAGGGGGUGUGAUGGGGUUUUGGUGAGGUUGGCGAGGGAGGGGGUGGAGGGGGGGUGGGUUGUGAGGCCGGUUGUUGGGGGGAGUGGGGUGAGGGGUGGGGAGGUUUUGAUGAGGAGGGGGGUGGCACGGAUGGAUUGGGAUAUGUAG